AGUGCGAUUUAGGCCGGCCUCAGUGCCAAAGAUGCAUCAAGUACGGGGUCCAGUGCCCCGGCUACCGCGACGAUGACGGGAUGCGCUUUCAGAACGCCGAUCCCACCUCGUUUGAGCGACGGAGGAAGAAGAAGAGGAACCACCAACAGCAUCCUCACCAGCACCAAGACCAGGACGAUGAGGCGGCGUCGACGACCAGCUCGGGGACCCUGCAGAUCAUAGAAUUCACCCCGGAAUCAUCAACGACGGCAUCGACCUCGUCGUCGUCCCCUGCAUCGAGCCGGCAGCCGAGUCGGCAGUCCACGCCUGCCACAAGCAUCGCUACCAACACCAGCACUUCGACGCAGGUAUCCGUAGCACUUCCGGUGCUCAAGUCCCUCCGCCAACACUGGACCGCCGAGUCCAUUCCGCUGGUGCUGGGAUUCUAUCAGAGCCUGGACUUUCUCCCAGGCUUGUUCCGGGGCGCCGGGCAAGACCACUGCCUCGUUCUUACCGGCCAGGUCUUUACCAGGGCGUACAUGAUCAACCGAUUUCGUCCAAGGGCCGAUUACCGCGAGCUGUCUAUCGUUCUCGGCCAUGCCCUAGCCGCGGUGCAGGAGGCGAUCAGGAGCCCCAAGACGUAUACCUCAGACUCGACGAUUGUUGCAGUGUGGCUUCUGGGGAACUAUGAGCUGAUGAUUGGCGGGUUGGAACGGAGGUCCUUCAUAACCGAAAAAGAAAGGGGUUCGUCGCCCGAAGUUCCUUGGCACAUCCACGGCCAGGGCCUCCUCAGCCUCAUGCGCGCAAGGGGGGACCGGCAGCUCUACACCCGGCAUGGUCGUCAAAUCUUUUGGGUCAUGCACAACAUGAUACAAGUCCAACUCACAAUCGCAAACACGCCUUGCCCCCCAGACUUUGAACGCUGGCUCGACAUCAUCGAAGCAACGCUCCAACCGAACGAGGGCCUCCUCCUCCAAACGGGCCGCUACCUCUCCGCAGCAUGCUCCCUUCUAUCGACACUGAUCCCGAUAACCAUCAGUGGCGAUGCGUCCCGCGCCCGGGCGGCGUACCCGGCCCUAAUCGCCGAGAGUGACCGGGCGGACCUCGCCAUGGCGGAGUGGAUGCGGGUGGCGCCCGAGUUCCAAAUCGAACCGGGGCCGGUGUGGGGCUACUUCUGGAACUCGUGGCGCAGCGCGAGGAUCAAAGUGCACCACAUGAUCAUUCUCAUUUCGAAUCUCGUGGAAUAUGGUGAGCCACCGCUGGUCCCGGAAGACUGCGAUGCAGAGUGUGGUGGGUGCCCGCUGCUUCACCCGGAGGUCCUCCGCGCCCGCCGGGAAUUCUGCAUGGGUAUCAUCGCGACGGCCGGGCGGGAUGUCGCAGAGGGGAUACCGCGGUCGCUAGGUGGGAAAAUGCCGGACCUAGACCCGGAUUUGCCCUCGGCAUAUUUCGAUGCUGUGAGGUUGAUCUGGCCGCUGAGCCACCUGUAUGUCAUCCCCACGACGCCGCGGCACCUGCGAAUUAUGGCGAGGGAGGCAUUAUUGAGGAUUGCCAAGGAGAAGGGGAUCUUGACCGCCUUGAAGCCGAGGGCGGGCGGGAUGAUGUUUCCAGAGGCGGCGUUGCGGGGGAUUCCGGUGGAUAAUCUGGAGGAGGAUGUCGAGAACGGCGGAGGGUUGGUCAAGUUCGCGCCUAAGGUUGAGGCGCAGGACUAAUGUGAGAUCUUCAAACUGCAAUGUCGGGGUUUAUUAACUUCCGUCAUCCGGGUACCAGCUUGACAUUUGGCUGUUUUGUUGUUGGGGUCUACGGACAUAUCUACCAAGUUGUAUUACCCGGGGUUUCGCCUCCUACACGCCGUCGGCUUAUUCUCUCGGCGAAUUCGCCCGUCGGUGCUGAAGUCUAUUCACCGAGGAACAUGACAUCAAUGCCAGCUCUGCCAGCCAAAGUGGAAAAGGUGAUUUUUCGUGCGCCUGUGCUAGUUCUUUCAGCUUAGCUCUGGGGGCUCUGGGGGCUCUGGGGGCU